CCACCGACCCACCCCGCACACAAAAGCAGCGUAAUUAACCGUCUUAAGGAAGCCGAGCCCCUGACAGCUGCAAGCUGGAAAGAAGAAAAUACCUUAGAGACACAAGCUGCGACGUGACAGGGGACGCAGCUGCCGCGGAGCGAGGGGACGCCGACAGCUAGCUGCAAACCGCUCCCCACCCUUAGACAAAAGCGCCCCUCUGCGCCGGCCACGUUGCUCUGGGUGACCUUGCUUGGAUGCAGAGUCCACCCUUGCGCGCAUCUUCCUCUGUUACUCUGAAGGCCCAGGAACCCGCUGGGAAGACCAGGGAUGCCGGGCUGCUGCCGCGCAGGGCUCGCCUUUGUCUGCGCGUAAUCAGGAGAGGCCGCGGCGGUAACCAGCACUCACCGCGGAGAAAUCAUCCUUGCUUCAAGGCUGGUACCUCUUCCCGGAUCCCAUGGGAACAACAGAAGCCACACUCCGGAUGGAAAACGUGGAUGUGAAGGAUGAAUGGCAGGAUGAAGAUCUUCCCAGGCCGUUACGGGAAGAGACUGGGACGGACUCACUUGGCAGUCCAGCGGAAGACGCGUCCUCCCCUCCCAACACGUUGAACUUCAAUGGAGCCCACCGUAAGCGAAAGACACUGGUCGCUCCAGAGAUCAACAUUUCCCUGGAUCAGAGUGAGGGCUCCCUGCUGUCAGACGACUUCUUGGACACCCCUGAUGACCUGGACAUCAAUGUGGAUGACAUCGAGACCCCCGAUGAGACCGACUCGCUGGAGUUCCUGGGAAAUGGCAAUGAGCUGGAGUGGGAAGAUGACACCCCUGUGGCCGCUGCCAAGAACAUGCCCGGGGACAGCGCAGACCUGUUUGGGGACGGCGCGGCUGAGGACGGCAGCGCUGCCAACGGGCGCCUGUGGCGGACAGUGAUCAUCGGAGAACAAGAACACCGGAUUGACCUGCACAUGAUCCGGCCCUACAUGAGGGUGGUGACCCACGGAGGGUACUAUGGCGAAGGUCUCAAUGCCAUCAUCGUUUUUGCUGCCUGCUUCCUCCCAGACAGCAGCUCUCCCGACUACCACUACAUCAUGGAGCACCUCUUCCUGUAUGUCAUCAGCAGUCUAGAACUCCUGGUGGCAGAGGAUUACAUGAUCGUGUACCUGAACGGCGCCACCCCCCGGCGGAGGAUGCCGGGCAUCAGCUGGCUGAAGAAGUGUUACCAGAUGAUCGAUAGAAGAUUGCGGAAAAACCUGAAGUCCCUGAUCAUCGUCCACCCGUCCUGGUUCAUUCGCACCGUGCUGGCCAUCUCCCGCCCCUUCAUCAGCGUCAAAUUCAUCAACAAGAUCCAGUACGUGCACAGCUUGGAAGACCUGGAGCAGCUCAUCCCCAUGGAACAUGUGCAGAUCCCAGACUGCGUGCUACAGUAAGUGUCCCCAUGCCCACUGAGUGCCCCCCACCU